CUCCAUCCGUGGCGCCAGCCACCGUGCGUUCGCCAUGAUGUGGUUAGUCGCGACGGCGGCGCAGGCCAGGCGCCGACUUCCCGAGGAAGCCCAUGGACGCACGGUCAAGUUCCCCGUCGGCACACGCGGCGAGACGCUUUACAAGCGGCCGCCGUUCGAGAGGCAUCGCAAUCUGCAGGAUGUUGCUUCUGACUACACCUUUUGCGGUCUCAACACAGAGGAUUGCUCUCGCUGGCCAUGCCGCCGUGGAGCAAGCGGUGGUGGGUCACUCACGCCGGCCUCCAUGGCGAGAGCCAUGAUGCCCGGGGCUGGCGUGGAGGGGCACGACAUCACGGCACAGCUCGACGGCAAAGGCACAGAGGCGGCCGAUGCGGAGUACAUGCGCCUGCAGGGCGGCACGCAGAGCAACAUGAUCGACGCAGCGAGCAGCUUCGCCACAGGCGACCUCAAGAGCAGGGAGGAGGUCGACGCGAUGAUGGAGGGCGAGAGCGUCGAGUAAAAGACGGGCUCCGCAAUGCACUCGAGCGGGCAAGGCCCUGGGCGCUGCCGCCUAUGCCAACGUCGACCAGGCGGGGCACGGCGUCCAGCAGGCCCUCGGCUUCGCGCCGCCGGAUGAGAAGGCAGCCGUCCGGCCGCGGCAGUGUCUCCUCGAAGGGGACCUGCCUCAGCCAGGCCAGCUGUCCCCGACGGACGGACCAUCGAAGCCGGUGGGGUGCUAUGAUGCGAACCACGUCUGGACAGAGCCGUGCCAGCGAGCUGGGCGGCCGACGCACGCUGAGCUGCUUGCGGCGCAGGGAUACGGCCGCCCCUCCACGCAGGGCCACCGCCUUGCCAUGGCAAACGGCCCCGGGAGGCUGUGAGAGCCACUGUGCAGUCGCCCUCGUGCGCUGUGUGCACGAAAUGAAAUCGCUCGCCGCGCGCGGCCGCAGCGCGCAGGCGCCAGGCGCGCAGGCCUGUCGUCUCUUAGUUUGUAGUUGUGCGCAGUGUUUUCAGAUUUGUUUUGAC